CCAGUGUGAGAUGGCAUCGCGACUAAAAACACCCAAAACGCUUGGCCCGCCACCAGAUGGUUUCUGCGGGAUCUUUGGUUUUGCGAUUUUCCGGCGGUUGCGAGCUCACUUUGCCUUUUGCCUCAAGCAUGCUGCUUGCGCUUCUCGCUUCAAUGCUGCUCGCCGCGGCCAGCGCCGCGCCGCUGCGAGGCCACGCCCUCGUCGGCUACUGGCACGACUUCCAGAACCCGUCCGGCCCGACCUACCCGCUGCGCAUGGUGAGCCAGGACUGGGACGUGGUCAUCGUCGCGUUUGGCACCAACCAAGGCAACGGCAACGUCGGAUUCGAGCUCGAUAAAGGCGCGGGCUCGGAAGCGGCGUUCAUUGACGACAUUGCAGCGCUCCAAGCGCGAGGCAAGAAGGUCGUGCUCUCGCUCGGCGGCCAAGACGGGUCGGUCUCGCUAAGCAACGACAUGGAGCGCCACAACUUUGUCACUUCGGUAUACGGACUCUUGCGCAAGUAUGGCUUUGACGGCAUCGAUCUGGACCUGGAGUCGGGUAUCUCGCAAGGUCUCCCGAUCAUCAACAACCUCAUUAUCGGCGUCAAGGAGCUCCGCCGUCGCGUCGGCGACUCGUUUUACCUCUCGAUGGCGCCCGAGCACCCGUACGUGCAGGGCGGCUACGGUGCAUAUGGUAGCAUCUGGGGUGCGUACCUUCCGAUCAUAGACGGUCUCCGCAACGAGCUCAGCAUCAUUCACGUCCAGUACUACAACAACGGCGGCUUUGUCUACACGGACGGCCGCAUGAUCAACGAAGGCACCGUCGACUGCCUCGUCGGCGGCUCGCUCAUGCUCAUGGACGGCUUCCGUGUCAACUAUGGCCAGGGCUGGAAGUUCAACGGCCUUCGUCCCGACCAAGUUGCAUUCGGUGUCCCUUCGGGUCCGCAGGCGGCCGGCCGGGGCUUCGUGACGCCGACGACGGUCACGCGAGCGUUGACGUGUCUUGCGCACGGCGUUGGCUGCGACACGAUCAAGCCCAAGAAUACAUACCCGACGUUCCGCGGCGUCAUGACAUGGAGCAUCAACUGGGACCGGUUUGACCGGUUUGCAUUCUCGCAGCCGGCGCGCCACGCGCUCGACAGCCUUGGCCACAACAGCUUUGUCGCGCCAGUCUACGCGGCGACGAGGACGCAGGAGGAAGAGACAGCGCCCGUGCCGACGCCCGAGCCCACACACAAGGCUCAGCGCAAGCCCGGCUGCGGCGACAACACGGGGUGCUACUAUGCGCCCACAUCCAUGUCGCUCGUGGGCUGGUCGGCGCAAGAUUGCGGCAAAAUGCCCUUCUUCCAGUGGUGUGGACCGUAAAUGUAACUGCCAACUGCACACUAAAUAGACGUUGGAAUAUAAUGACGUGGCACCUUCUACAGCA